AUGCUUCGAUCAAAAGAUCUUGGUGACACAAUCACCGAAUACAACAAUUCCAGUGACAAAGACAAGUAUAGAGCUAUCUACAUGAUAUGCCACCAUCUCCAAGAAAACUUGAAAACUCAGUACAUGACCAUGGAAAAUCCAUAUGACCUUUGGAUCGCUUUACAGCGAAGAUAUGACCACCAGAAAACGGUGUUGCUUCCAGAGGCUCAAUAUGAUUGGAAACACAUAAGGUUCUUGGACUACAAAUCAGUAGAUGAGUACAACUCAGUCCUGUUCAGAGUUGUGUCCUUGUUAAGGUUAUGUGGUGAAAAAGUAACCGAGGAAGAGAUGCUUAAUAAAACUCUCUCCACGUUUCCUCAAACCAACAUGGUAUUGCAACAGCAGUACAGAGAGAGAAAUUUCGCCACAUAUACUGAGUUGAUAGAAUGUCUCUUGUUGGCUGAAGCUAACAACGAACUGUUAUUGAAAAACAGUCAGAUGAGACCUCCUGGUACAGCUCCAUUACCCGACAUCUCUAAGCUGGCUAUAGAGCCAAAGAAAGAGAGUAACCUUGUCCAACACAAUGACCAUCCCGGUCCAAACCGUGGAAGAAGUCAAAGACGAGGUCAUGGUUCUUUUAAAGCACACGGACGAGGACGUGGUCGCGGUGCCACACCCGGCUUUAGCCGUGGUCGUGGCCAAGGCCGUAGUGUGUCUUUUAAACCACAGAUCAAAGCUGAUCGAUGCCAUAGAUGUGGUAUGGGUAAUCAUUGGGCAAAGAAUUGUCGAACUCCUAAGCAUUUGUGUGAGCUUUACAUGGAGAGCUUAAAAAGAAACCCGAAAACUAACAUGGUUCGAGACCCGGGAUAUGAUGGUGAUGAUGAUGAUGAUGACUUGGAAGACGUCCAGGAUCACCAGCACGAGUCAGACAAAGUUGAUCACAUGGAGUUUGAAACUUCAGACAUACUGAAAUAA